UGAAUUGCUUUGCUUUGCGUUUGCAAUUUGCAUUCCAUUCCGUAUCGGUAUGCAUCGUCCAGUGACUAAUUUCAACGUUUUUAUUGUAAAUAUUUGAGUUAAGACAAUACGUGAAAGUUAUAUGAAUUCUAAUAAGGUGACAAGCGUACCUGUUGCUAAUAAUGUAACAAUGUUUGCGUAGAACUGUUCACAUCAAUUGAUACAACGAAACGGAUGGAUCGUAGUGUUUUACAUGGGCAUGAUGAUGCUGGUGCGUCUGAACAUGCGCGUGGCGCUGGCGGCGCUGUGCGGCGGCGUGCUGCUCGUCACGCUGUACUGGGGCCGCUGCGGAGACCUGACACAUAGACCCAUAAGCUCGGUGCUGUCGAACGCUCUAUCAGAGCGGCCGGACGAGAUCGAGUGUGUCAUCAACGGCGAGUACUCUGUGGCAUGCCGCCGCGACCAGGACCUGGUGUACGUGCCCUUCUCCUUCAUACACAAGUACUUUGAGAUAUAUGGCAAAAUAACAUCAACCGAUGGCGUGGAGAAGUUCGAAUGGUCGCACAGCUACAGCAAAGUGUACCACCCGAAGAAGAAGUACGACCCGCGCGGCACCUUCGCCACCUUCGAGAACUACAACGUGGAGGUGCGUGACCGCGUCAAGUGCAUCAGCGGCAUCGACGGCGUCCCCGUCUCCACCCAGUGGGAGCCCAAGGGGUUCUUCUACCCCACCCAGAUAGCUCAGUUCGGCCUGGCACACUACAGCAAGAAUCUCACAGAACCAGAGCCAAGAGUCAGGGUCCUCGAUGAUGGGGAGAAGUCCCACGAAAACUGGAUAGUCAGUACAGAUGCUGUUCUGACGAGAGAGUACGAUUCAGAGCUUAAAGCCAACGUUCUGAGGUUUGCUACCACAGAUCGUGUGUCGAGCCAGGUGUGGUUGAAAGUCAAUAUAAGCCAGGACUUUGUGCUGAGUAUAGAUCUUAUGUUGAAACUGAACUCGUCCAUGACGGUGGUGCUGCAGAGCAAGGAGAAGAAGGAGACUGUGUACCUGCAUUAUGUGACGAGUAUGCAGUUGAUAUAUGCGCAGGAGGACCAUAUUUACUAUGGGAUAGGCGUGGACCAAAAGUGGCGGCACCUGACGCGGGAUCUCAUCAUCGACAUGCAAAAAGGCUGGGCUCUGCAGGACAGACCUAAGAGGAAAUCGCCUAGGAAUAAAUUUAAGAUAUCCAGCAUCAUCCUGAGCGGGCGCGGCGCGGCGGGCAACGUGCGCGUGUCGUCGUCGGCGCACAUGGCGCACUUCUUCGCGGCGGCGCGCUGGCUCGUGGGCGCGCAGCGCGCGCGCGGCGGCUGGCCCGUGGGCGCGCGCCGCCGCCUGGCGCCCGCGCCCGAGCUGCGCCCCGGCUGGCACUCCGCCAUGAGCCAGGGCCACGCCGUGUCGCUGCUGGCGCGCGCGCACUACCGCAGCGGCGACGGGCGCUACCUGCAGGCGGCGCAGCGCGCGCUCGACCUGCUCGACGUGCCCAGCCACAAGGGCGGCGUCAAGGCCAUGUGGAUGGACAAGUACCUCUGGUACGAAGAAUACCCAACGAAGCCGCCCCUGUUCGUUCUGAACGGCUUCAUAUACACGCUGCUGGGGCUCUACGACCUGCACGUGAUCGAAGGUGAGAACUCCAUCUCUCCGGCCAAGAAGAUGUUCGACGACGGCAUGGUGUCGCUCAAGGCACUCCUCCCGCUCUUCGACACGGGCAGCGGCAGCUUCUACGACUUGCGCCACUUCACUUUAGGAGUCAGCCCCAACAUAGCCCGAUGGGACUACCACGCCACUCACGUCAACCAACUGUACCUCCUGUCCUCCUUGGACCCGGACCCCAUAUUGAUUAACACUGCCAAAAGGUGGGAGGGGUACAUGAAAGGCAAACGAGCUGCACACAAUUGAUGCAACGAAUAAACAUUUGUCGGUACGACAUACGGAAAACAUCGAUUAAAAUCGGUUAUUCGAAACGAUCGAGUCGAUCAAUAGAUCACUUCGUUGCUUCACAUGUAUCAAGCUUAGUGGAGUUAAUAGGAUGAUGACAGACAAAGUAGUCUCAAUAUGAAAUGACCAUAGAGCUCGAGAAUUUAGACUUGCUAAACCAAUAGAUCUUAAUUUUAAUGUCUCGGACAUGAUAGUAGAUUAUGACGAAGAUAAAUUUAUUUAGUAGUUUUUACACUAAAUAGCCAAAGGAGAAAAUAAACAUAAUCAUGAAGAACAUCCAAAAAAAAUACACGAACGAUGAAACUUUCGGUUUUAUAUAUUUAUGAUUUUGAAGUUUCUGAUAUAGAUUAAUUUGCAUUUAACUGUAUUUUGAAAUACGUAAUCAUCUUUAGAUUCUUAAGAUAUACUCGCAAUUGCCAUUUUACUUAUUGAAGUCUUUCCUAAUCACAAAAAAAAACUUUUUAUUUAAAUUAACUCAAAAACUUUCAAUCACAAUGUAGAUCAACAAUUCAUAUAAUUUAAUUUAUAAUAUCUAUAAUGAAUCAUAAUAAUAAUAAUAAGCAUUUUAAAAUUAACACAAAUGUUUGCAUAAUCAUUGUUGAGGCUAUCUUUAAUAGGAUAUCAACGGAUUCAUCUUAUGUAAUGAGAAAAGUCGAUAAUAAUGACAGAUACUGUACUAAUGGAACAGUCGUUCAAAUCGUAAAAGAUGUGCCAUUCUGGUCCAAAUUGCCGUCACAUCAGAAAAAAUAUUCAUUUGUAACCAAACAAGACUGAAUGUAGGAAUUAUGCACGGAUUCUUUAAUUUUUUUAAAUAACCUAGCACUUAUAUAAAAAUAUAUAAAGACUUGUAUACACACUAAAACAUGUUUCCUAUGAAAAAUACUCCUUUGAACUUGUAUGGGAACUUACUUUAUAGACUUACGUGGCUGUCACUUUUCUACUAAAUUCGUAGAAUUCGGUACAAAUUUAUAUAUAAAUAAAUCUAUUUGUAAGACUAAAUAAAUAUUACCGAAUUGGUGUCACUGUGUCGUCAAUCUGAAUCAUAGAUAUAACAAUUUAUACCGAGAACAUUCUGUUAAGAUAUAAUAUAUUUAUUUUUUUGGUCCAAUCCAAUCCUUUUGAUGAUGAUGAUCCAUUUUUAUGAUCCAGUGAUACUGGAUCUAUGAAUAUUCAUUAAAAAGUGAUAUACCUACUUUUUAUUGUAAUUUAUGUACUUAAUUAUGUCUUCAGUGAUACAAAUUAAAUUACGAACACAAAAUGUCAAUGAAAUACUUAUAGAACCAUAUCAACAAUGUAAAUAAGUAAUUUUAUUAAAUUAUAAAAUUAAUAUAUAAUAUUCUACUUAGUAGAAAUGUAGAUAUUUGUAUAAUAUUGAAAUUAGGAGUAUUUAUGCUAACACUGAAUUUCAAGGGCCAACGCACACUUGACAAGCGGAGUCUUUGUCAUGGCAUACUACGAAUUUGGAUUUUUCUGUAACAAUAUAAGAUACAAUUUUUAACCAAAUAAAAAACUACACAACACAUUUCAAGGAAAAUUUAAAUUACCGGGUUGCUCGCGUCUGUGAAAAUUUUCCAUCCCUAACAAAUGAACUUUUUCAUGGACAAAAGGUAACCUAUGCCAUUUCUUUUUCUCUGCAAAAUUCCAUUAUUAUCGGUUAAUUAGUUAAGUUGAGAAAGAAUAACAAAGUUCAUUUAGUUUUUAAAUAUGAGUACCUGUCAGUAAUAGGAAGUCUUGUGUGCCUAAUCGCCUGCCAAAUAUAAUGAAAAUAAUUUGCAGGAACAUGUGAUUUUUGAUGAGGAAACAAUAUUGAACUACGAAACUACGUCACAGGCUCUAUUAUAUUCUGAGUAAUGGUUUACAAGGCAAUCAAUUAAAUAUAUCAAAUACAUAGCUGGGCACCGUUAAUCAAAUAGUUAACUUCGUUAAUCGUUAAUCCGCUACAAAAAAAGUUAGCUUCGUUAAACGUUAAAGCGUUACAUUCCGGGAGAAAUAACGCAAGUUAACGUUAAUCGUUAAUCCGUUAAUAUGACUGGUUAAUAUUGCAUUUUUAUAUCAUUGUGUGAGAUCCCCAUUAGGAAAAAUAAGGGUGAACACUGGGGAAAAGUGCCAUAAUUUGUUUUAGUUGAUUUUAUCUAUAAUUUUAACAUAAUUAAAGUAAUUUUAAUUUGAUUUCUUUUAAAAUAAAAUCUUUCAUCAUUUCUUACUUGUCUAAACCUGUAAUUCGCGUCGCGUAUUAGGCAUUGUAUUAACGAUUAACGGACUUCUGCAUAUUAACGGAAGUUAACGGGUCCGUUAACAUUUUUCAAAGUUAACUUAAAAGUUAAUCCGUUAAUCAAAAUGUUAACUUCGUUAAUUAACGAUAAACGGAUUAACGAGUUAAUGCCCAGCUAUGAUCAAAUAUUAGCGGCAAACUUGGAUCUCGCCCUAUCCUAGGGUGUGAUUCGACUAUUUUAAACUCGUCGAUGUAAUAUUCGCCUACAACAAGUUCUUUUUAGAGUUUGAACUUUAUUUCUGUGGGGUGCAAAUAAAAUGUCACUAACAGCGUAGUUGCCAUGGAAAUGAGCGAUGUGACAUCGCUGUAACAUCUUGUAACUGUUGUGUAGUGUACGUAACCUAGUGUAGUGCAGUGUGCGUUGACCUUUUCUUUUUAAAAUAUCGAAUAUAUUACGAACUAAAGUACUUCACUAACAUUAUGCUUUAAUUUUAAUUUUAAGCUCUAAUAAUAACACCUUCAAAUAAGUUGUGUUUCGUUUUGCCACCGCGGCUUUAUAGAAAGAAACGGUGAAAAUUUGUUAGUUCCUUUUUUGUUUUUUUUUUAAUGUUGAUUAUUGUUAUUUUCUGUUGAUUUACUGUCCCAUGUAUGUAUACGAAUAUUUAUUAUAGAGUAUGUUAUGUAAUAUUUAAAUACAUACUCGUAGUACAGUAUCAAGAAGAACACAAGAAAAAACUUUUACAAAAUGACAAACACCUUACGUAGAUGUGUAUCCAAAACAUGUAACAUUUAUAAUGUGUAGGGAUUCCGAAUACUGUUUUUGGUUUGAUAACUUCGACGCUUCGUAACGUAACGCGUUACGCCACUCUUGUCUGGCUUCCCUUUUUCUCACGCAUACGGCAGCAGAUUUAAGUUAUCACUUCUGUCGAGCGUCCCGGGAUGUAAACUUUUUUUUUAAUUAAUUCAAUUAUUAUUUGCGGAUUGAGCGGACCCGGUCAAACUUCGCUUUGACUUAUGUGCAGUUCUUCCCUAUCCCUACUCUACACUACUCUACCACUCUACCCCUACCCUAACCCUACCCUACCCCUUUUCUCACCUUUUAAACCUUCCCUAUACCUUCACGAAAAUUUCAAGACCAAGAUAAGAUAAAUCUGUUCAGCCGUUCUCGAGUUUUAGCGAGACUAUUGAACAGCAAUUCAUUUUUAUAUGUAUAGAUUUGGUUGUGAUUCAAAGCACAAACUUGUAAAGUAAAAAUAAUCUGAAAACUGUAAAUAUUUAAUUGUAAUCUAUGAAGGAGGCUACACAUCAAAUGCUCAAUGAGCGAAUAGUUCAGUCUCUGUUCUAAUGUAUAUCUUGCAGAUAUCAAAUAAAAAUAGCAGAAUGAAAAUCGAUCUUAGAAUUUGGAUGUGGCAAAUAAUUUAAUAUCUGACUGUCCAUUAGUUUAUAAAUGGGAGGUCCUGGGUUCGAUUUUGAUUCGGGUCAGUUGGGCAUUAAUAAUAAUUUCUAACGGCUUCGGUUGUAGCUUAGCCAAUGCACCUUUUAUUCGGAAGUUAAAAAAGGCGCAAAUCAGCUUAAAAUGCGUUACGUCGACUAUACUCUACUGUAUUGCGUUCAUCCCUGACUCUCAAUAUUUUUUGUUUUUUUUUUUUUGGAAAAAAAUAUCUAUCUAUACUUCUUACCAAAAAAAUCUAAACAGUCUGUACUGGCGGAUUGAUUACAUUUUUUAUGAGAAGUAUAUACAGGUUGCUCGGGAGUUUUUCCCAUAACUUCAAGGUAUCAACGACACUUAGUAACAAAAUAUUAGUUACACUACUUUAAGUGUAGUAGUAAUCAGUCCGGUAAUCUUCAGUCCGCAACUUCACAAUGCUGCUUGGUGGUAGUACUUCCUCGGCUCUGUCCAAAAACCUCCACUACUAUUAAUCCUUGUACCGUGUACUUUCAGAUUUUCCCUAGAUUGCAAUUUCACCUGAUGGUAAGUGAUGAUGCAAUGUAAGAUAGAAGCGGACUAAAUGAAAAUCUACACCCCUUUCGGUUUCUACACCUCAUCGUACCGGAACGCUAAAUUGCUUGGCGGUACGUCUUUGCCGGUAGGGUGGUAUCCAGCCACGGCCGAAGCCUCCCACCCAGCUAAAAUACAGUCCAUACAUUUUAGUCGGCAGAAACGACAAGCCUUUGGUUUAGUCUCCUUAGUGAAUACUCAAUUAAUUGUAUAAACUAUACUGUAUAUAAGUAAAAAUUUAGUUUUAAUAAUAUAAAUGUACCUAUUAUUAUAAAUAUAUUUAGGUUAAUUUAAAAUAAUUUAUUUUUUGCCUAGCAAAUUGUACGACCCUUUGUUUUAUGUAGGCUGGUGUGCACUAUUGCGUAAAGACGGUGCAUACCCUUAUAGUCUAGCAAGUUCAUUGAUAACACUCCCAAUCCCAUGAUAUGCGGGCGACGGGCGGAAAGACUGCGCGGGUGUGAAAUCGUGCGUGCGGGGAAGUGACGUGCAUCAGUCGUGGAUUUUUCAUUCAUCGCUACACGCGCAACAUCGGGAGUGUUACGAACGAAGUUUCCAUGCUAUAAGUGCUAGCAUGCGACCAGUGAAGAAAGAUAGACAAUUUUGUCCAAUGGCGUCGGAGUUGUCAGAGUCCCAUCUCUUUCGUACCAAUGCAAUGAAAGGUAUUUCCAUUUGCGCCGCCAUUGGUUGAAUUUUGUUUAUUUCUCUUCACGAUUAUUUCGUUGGUCGCAUGUUAGCGCCUACGAUUCUUGAUCGCUAUUAUUAAGCGUAGGAUUUUUUUUUUAUAAUAAGCGCUCGAAAAAAUGGUAUGUUUGUUGACGCGUUUGCUUCGUAUGACCGUUGCGCAGACAACAGUUAAGAAAGUUAUGGAGUAAUCUCCAAAUAUCAAGACAUACCAAUUACUUAUUAUACUUAGUUCGAUGUAUGUAAAUAGAUCCUUGUUGCAAAUGAAAUGUUUGUUAUUAUUUGUUAUAUUGUUAGAUACAUUCCACUCGUAUGAGCUUACUAGUAGUAUCACGUAGUCAAUACUUUACGUUGUUAUUGAGCUCUACACUUGCGCGCAAACAUGUUAUUCUGUAAAUAUAUUAUGUAUUCAUAAUACGCAGUGACCAAAGUAGAUUGAACUUUAGUGUGCCUAGUGGCAGUUUUCAAUGUUUUCAAACUUUGGCGAUCGCGUAACCGUAAAUGCACUUUUCUAAGGUAUUGAUACAGCGCCAUUUACACUACUGCACAACUGUUUCAAUUCCUUACAAAUUCGCGUUUACGGUUACGCGAUAGUCACAGUAUGAAAACAUUUAAAAUCAUUCAAUCAUUCAUCAAAUUUCAUUUGUUUAUUGGUAAACAGACACAUUGAGUAGAACUGUAGUAUAGAUUAUAUCUGUUCAGUAGAUUUCAAGCAUGAUUAGGUGGACAAGAAGUUUUCAUUAUUUUUAACCCUCUCAAUAUUUAGUAAUUUUACUAAAAUACCUGUACUAAAAGUACUGACCUCAAUGUAUGAAUAUCAUAAUUGCGCGCAAGGUUCUCGAAACUUUCUGUACAUGUAAUAGAUUGUAGAGUUAGUGAAUGCACUUGUGAAUGACAAUAAAACAGCUCUGAACUAUC